AUGGCGCCAGGUCAGGGAGGCUACCGCCAAAUCAACAAGGCUCUCAACAUAUGUGCCUUUGAAGAAUACCUGGAAAGCCAGCAGAAAACUCUGCCCACACUGCCUGAUGUCGAGCAGAUUAGCCCGCGAUUCACUCUGCAGGGAACAAACACAUUCAUCGUCGGGACGGGCUCAGAACGCCUCCUCGUUGAUACAGGCCAGGGCAUUCCAGAUUGGGCAGAUCUCAUCCAUGACACACUCGCCCGCCAGGGAAUCUCACUCUCCCAUGUGCUUCUCACUCACUGGCAUGGAGACCACACGGGUGGUGCACUGCAUACUCCAGGCCACUCCAGCGACCACAUGUGCUUCAUUCUAGAGGAGGAACAGGCUAUGUUUACAGGAGAUAAUAUACUUGGACACGGCACAUCAGCCGUGGAGCAUCUCAGCACUUGGAUGGACACAUUAUACAAGAUGCACAACCUGCGGAUUAAGAUCAAGGGCGAGCUGGCUCAAAAGCUGCAGCGCGAACGACAGGACUUAAAGGCACUGGUUCAGGCCAAGCAUUUCAAGAUAGCCCAUCAAGAACGAAGCAAGGGCAGCGUGACAGUCAAGCAGCUUGUCACCACCAUGUAUGGGAAUGGGGUGGGGGCAGGGGUAAGGGAGUUGGCGCUGGAACCAUUCAUAGAUGAGGUCCUACGGAAACUGGCCGAGGAUGGCGCCGUCGCGUUUGAGAUUCGGGGGGGGAGUGAAAAAGUGGUUUGCCCUUGA